AUGGCCUUGGCGGUCCACCUGUUGUCCUGCCUGCUGGGCACUGGCUCCUGGGUGGCCAUCAACGGUGUGUGGGUGGAGCUGCCACUGGUGGUGGCCGUGGCCCCUGAAGGUUGGCUCCUGCCCUCCUACCUGACAGUCAUCAUCCAACUGGCCAACCUGGGACCCCUGGUCUUCACCUUGGCCCACCGCUUCGUCCGGCUGGGAGAAGUCAGGGUCAUCUACGGUGUGUUGGUGCUGGGCUGCCUGUCCUGCCUGCUUCUGGCCUUCUUCUGGAGCUCCACCAGCAUUGUGGUCGGGGUCCCACGAAGCACGGCCCUCCUGGCCCUCCUCUUCUUCCUAGCUUUGGUGGACUGCACCUCUUCGGUCACCUUCCUGCCCUACAUGCGUAGGCUCCGACCAGCGUAUUUGACCACCUACUUCAUUGGCGAAGGCAUGAGCGGACUCUUGCCCGGUCUGGUGGCCUUGGGUCAAGGAGUGGGCACUCCUCAAUGUCAUGUCAAUGGCAGCAACACCACUGGGGACUACCAAGCACCCCACUUCUCCAUCCAGACCUUCUUUCUCUUCUUGACCACCAUGAUGGGCCUCUCGCUGGCCUCCUUCGUCCUCCUCAAUCAUCUUCCGGUGGCCAAAAGGGAGCGGGCGAAGGAGAAGGGCUACAGCAAGGAGGACAACGCCUUGGGAGUAAAGGUCAACACAGAAGAUCAUCCCAUGGUCCAAGGAUCCACACAAUUCUGCUUCGGCUCCAGGACCUACUCCGGGCUGCAACUGGCCUACAUCUUUGUCCUGCUGGCCUGGGUCAACGCCUUGACCAACGGGGUCCUCCCGGCCAUCCAGUCCUACUCCUGCCUGCCUUACGGCCACACUGCCUACCACCUCUCGGCCACCUUGGCCGCCCUGGCCAACCCGCUGGCCUGCUUCCUGGGGAGGUUCCUGCCCAGCCGGUCGCUGGUGGUCCUGGGUGUCCUCUCCUCAGCCGGCUCUUUAGUGGCCUCCUACAUCAUGGCCAUGGCUGUCUUCAGCCCCUGCCCUCCACUGCUGUCAUCAUCCCUCGGGGUCAUCCUCAUUGUGGUGUGCUGGGUGCUCUUUGUGGGUCUGCUCUCCUACGUGAAGCUGAUGAUCGGGAUCAUCCUGCGGGACGAGGGGCACAGCGCCCUGGUCUGGUGUGGGGCCGUGGUGCAGCUGGGCUCCAUGUUGGGGGCCCUGGCCAUGUUCCCACUGGUCAGCGUCUAUGGAUUCUUCCAAGCUGGACAGCCCUGCGGACACAGUUGCACCGGGUAGAAUUGGAAGGGGCCUCCAAGGCCAUCUAGUCCAGUCCCCAGUCUGCUGUCCAGGGAGACAUUGUCCAAGCCCUUCUGACAAGUGGCCAUCCAGCUUCUGCUUAAAGACCCCCAAAGAUA